AUGGUGAAAAAGCAGCAACGAACAAUCGGACCACUGUCCACGAACGAACUACAACGUGCAUCCACCCUCCUGUAUAAACAAGUACAGCAAGCGUCAUACUCUGAGGAGAUUCAUUUGCUGUCAAAAUCGCAAGAUCAUCAAAUACCCAAGACGAGCCCAUUACAUGGUUUCACACCCUUUCUGGAUGAUGAUGGAGUAAUAAGAAUGCAAGGAAGGAUCAGCAAAUGCGAGUACGCUUCGAUGGAUACGAAAAAUCCCAUUAUUCUUCCCAAAGACCAUCAUCUCACGAAACUGAUUGUGACACAUUACCACGUGCGGUAUCAUCACUGUAACCACGAAACAGUGGUUAACGAGCUACGGCAAAUGUACUAUAUUCCUAAGCUAAGAAUUGUUUGCAAAAGCGUAAGAGCAAAUUGUCAACUCUGCAAGAAUCAGAGAGCUAAACCAGUUGCACCGCAAAUGGGUAGUUUACCGGAAGCUAGACUAGCCGCAUUUACCCGGCCAUUUUCAUACAUUGGGGUGGAUUAUUUUGGACCAACAAACGUCGCGGUUGGACGGCACCUUGAAAAAAGAUGGGGCGUACUUAUAACUUGCCUAACUACACGUGCAAUUCAUUUGGAGAUCGCCCACUCACUCAAUGCGGACUCCUGUGUUAUGGCACUGCGCAAUUUCAUGGCAAGGCGAGGUGUGCCGAUACGGAUAUUUAGCGAUCGAGGAACAAACUUCAUAGCAGCUUGCAAGGAGCUUGAUUCGGCAUUAAAGGAGAUGAACCAAGAUCAUGUGAUACGAGAAAUUGUCAGCCCACACACAGAUUGGGAGUUCCUUCCUCCAGCUUCGCCACACAUGGGAGGGUGUUGGGAGCGACUUGUGCGCUCAGUAAAAGUCAACUUACAAAAGAUGAAUCCACAACGUAACCCAACAGAUGAAUCGUUACGCAACACACUGAUUGAAAUCGAGAAUAUUGUCAACUCACGUCCUCUUACGUUUGUGCCAGUUGCUGACUUAGAUGCUCCCGUUUUGACCCCUAAUCAUUUCCUGCUGGGUUCAUCGAAUGGAUUGAAACCAGCAAUCCCGUUUGAAGACAGCAGUCGCAUACUAAGGCGAGCAUGGCGUGGAUCACAAGCAGAAGCGAACCUAUUUUGGCGCAGGUGGGUGCGCUACUACAUGCCGGAGCUAACUAAGCGAUCUAAAUGGUUUCAUAAAGUUAAACCGAUCAGCGUGAACGACAUUGUCAUCGUGGUUGACCCGGGGCUACCCAGAAACUGUUGGCCCAUGGGACGCAUCAUAUCGGUAAAGAAAAGUAAGGACGAGCAGGUUCGAACCGCUACUGUUCAAACGAGAAAUGGGAUCUACGAGAGACCUGCAACAAAGCUAGCGAUUCUUGAUGUGCGACGCGAUGAUUCGGUAAGCCAGCAAUCCGGCGUACCUGGGGGGGACUGUAACGACCCCUUGGUCGACGCGUCGCUUCAAAUUGAGGGAGCAGAGCGGUAG